AUGCCAGGGAGGCUCCUCCCUCGUCUCUUGCUGUCACUCGCCAUUGCUGCCGCUACUGUGAUCCUGCCCUCCACUUCCUGCUCAAACCAUGAGUGCCAGGUCUGCUCCCUCUCUCUCUCUGCGCACUCGUCAGAGCGAUUUGCUUCCCGACCCACUUCCGUUCUCGAGUCUUUGCAGAUGCUUGACCCGUGCUCUUCCAACGGCGACUGCGCAGCCGGCUUGUUCUGUGGCAAUUGCCCCGCCGACGGCGCAAACCAGCCCAGAUGCAUCAGGGGUCAGGCCGUCCAGCCGGCGUCCAUUGUAAAUCCUCUGAGCUUCUCUCGUGAUCAUGCCGUGAAUUAUGGGAUACAGUCCAGGAAAUGUUCGCUAAAUUGUAUCAACAAGAACAGGUCAAGGGGCUUCCUUUCAACAAGUACACCUGGCUCGUCACACACAACGCCUUCUCCAUACUGAACGAGCCCUCCUUCACAGGCACCCCGCGGCUUACUAUCUACAACCAGGAAGAUUCUGUGACCAACCAGUUGAGGGUACUUUCUUUUUCCUUUUAUCUUCCACAAUCCAUCGGGUUCCUAGAGAUCUCCAUAUUUAUGGAAUAUUUAUUGGUUGGCUUAAUCUUUCAGAAUGGUGUGAGGGGAUUGAUGCUGGACAUGUAUGACUUCAGGGGCGACGUCUGGCUUUGCCAUUCCCUCAAAGGGCAGUGCUACAACUUCACUGCUUUUGUAAGUUGACCUUAUAAUUUUAUUUUCCUUUGUCCCCAAUUUAUCCAUCUUAGUUUCUUCCCCUUUGACUUUUUUUCUUUUCUGGGAAGUCUCAGCAACGUGAACGUGACUUCCUAUAGUGACUGGGCAUUGAUCGUGCAUGAAAUUAAUAUAAUAUCGGUAAUGAAAAACUUUAAAAAUUGAUGUAUUUUUCUCGUUCGGGGUAACAGAAGAAAAAGGCACCUUUUGUAUGGAUCAUAAAGAUUUGACUUGUUAGGAGCAGACAGAUGUUGGAGAGUAUACCAGCUUUGUUCCUCCAGGGGCAUCGCUAUUCUCGAGUCUCUGGUUUCUUCAGAGAUAGUUGACUGAACUUUGGCUUCUCAUUGAAUACGUAAGGGGCCAGCAAUCAACACAUUGAAGGAAGUGGAGGCGUUCUUGAGUGCUAAUCCAUCAGAAAUUGUGACAAUUAUCAUUGAAGAUUAUGUCCGCGCAGCAAAGGGUCUAACGAAGCUGUUCACUGAUGCUGGCCUCCUCAAGUUCUGGUACCCAGUUUCAGAAAUGCCAACAAAUGGGAGAGACUGGCCGUCUGUCACGGAAAUGGUUGCUAAAAAUCACCGGUUAUUAGUGUUUACAUCUGACGCAUCAAAGGAGGCUGAGGAAGGUAUUGCCUUCCAGUGGAGACAUUUGCUGGAAAAUGAACGUAAGUGCUUAAGGAACCUGAUGAAUAUUUGCCCUCCAUCAGAUCUGUUCCCAUGGGGUGGAUCUUCACCAUAAUAUUUCCGGUAUUUUCCGUCUUGUAUGCAGUGAAAUACCCUUUUACAAGUCGGUUGCAUGCUAUCUAUUGCAAUACGAGACAUAAAUAUGGUUAGCUCGUUUGUGAACUAAUUUUUAGUUAAAACUUGAGCGUUAAUACCUCCAAAUUGUGUGAUUAGUUCUUGGUGAUGUGUUCCUAUUAGUAUGGCGCCUCUGCAUUCGUCAGACAUUUCCAUGCUUAGAAAGUCUCAUCCAAGAUCCUUACUCCGAUUUGUCUAGAUAGUUCCAAAUCCUGACCACUGUUCCAAUCUUCCCUGGGCGCGGUUUUGUGGUUCAAUGGCAAGAUGCAUUUUCUACUGGGUUUCAAUCAGAAUUAUAAAAGCUUAGUGGAAAACCUCAAAGGAAGAUUUAUGUGACUCGUUGGUUGAGUCAUAUCUGUCACCCUCGUUUCGAUGAUCUUUGUAAGAUGAGAUUCUUUGGAGCAGGAAACUAAUAACGUGAUCAGUCGUAUUGAGGUUCCAGCGGUGACCAAAGGCCCACUAUUUCUGGGCUAAAUAUGUCGUUUCCCUGAAUGGAAGGCUUCACUAGCUUUCUACUUAUUCCAAUCCAAUUGGCUGUACAUGCGGCUAUUUAUCAAUUUCUCCUCCCUUUUCGUAUUAUCUGAUCUCCCGCCAUUUCCCUUCAUUUCUGGUACAAGUCAUUUCAAUUUUUUCUGCCUUUUGUGUCCUAGAAAGUUUUAGGAUUUUAUUUUUUUUCCUUUGACAAACUGCAAUUUGAUUUAUGUGAAUUCCUUUUUGUGAACAGCUUACCCAUCUUCUUUAUUGGCAUCCAAUUGAUCAUACAUAUUCAAAGAGUGCGUGUUCCCAUAUGAUGCAGAUUUCCAUAUUAUUCCCCUCUUAUUUCAUCACAUACUUUAUUUCUGAGUAAUAAUAUAUUUUCUUGGCUUCAUAUCUUAUUGAUUAACAUAAUAUUUUCAGAUGACUUAUUUUCUGACAUAAUAUUUUCAGAUUCUUCUGCUUCCUGAGCACUCUCAAUUUUUCUGAGUGAUCGAAAUGCAGCUCUUUUGUAAAAUAAGCGAAUGUGGAGAAUCUCCCUUAAUAUAUAUUAAGAUAAGAUUCCUGAAGGGAUGAUCUGAAACCAUCUAUGUGGUGAAGGCCUUAUUUUGAUUUGGAUUUCAGCUUCAUAUUUUCCGACUAAAGAAUCUAAAGACUGAAUGGCGUGAUGCUCCAUAGGAUAAUGCUCAUCUGAAAUCAAUGAAAUGAUCAUCUUUCCUGGGAAAAAUGUUAUUUCCUUCUGCAGUGAAAACCCUUUACACUGUGGUGUGUUCGAAAGGAUGAGAUAUCAAGAAGGUAAAUUAUAUAACUAUUGCACCAUAUUGUCAUCAAAAGAAUCUUUCAAAGGCAUUCUUUUGGUGUGAACUAGGCCCAUCAGUUGACUUGCUCUCCCUGAUGGUAGCCUUUAUUUCCCAAAUAUUUUCUACUUUCUUAUCGAAUCACAGGUCAGAGGUCUCUUUCUUUCAAAGCAUCCAUUUUUUCAAUGCACAAAUCUGUUGCAGAGUCCUUAUGAGCGAUUGGUCCAGAAACUCUUCUGUGAUUUGCCCAUCUGGGUCAGAAGUAUAUACUCUUCUCUGAUGAAUUGUUAGAGUAUAUACUUUAUUAAAAGUAUGCGAUUAAUUUCAAAACAAAUUAUAGGUAUUAUUCCUAUAAAUUCAGUUCAUCUACUCUCUAUAUUCGCUUUGCAUCAGAUGGAUGAUGUAUGUCGGUCUGUUACAUUUACCCUUUCUCUCUCUCUCUCUCACUGAGUUCUUCUUCGCAAUGUGUGAUCAUUCCUUGCUGAUUUAUCUUGGGUACUUCUCUUGAAUAAUCUCUCAAACUCUGGCAGCUGGAGAUCCGGGUAUAGUGCAGGGUUCGUGCCCCAACAGGAAGGAGUCGCAGCCACUGAAUUCUAGAACUGCGUCUCUUGUUCUCCUAAACUACUUCCCUACUAUGCCUGUCGAAAGCGACGCCUGCAGAGAACACUCGAGAGGGCUUGCUGAAAUGGUGGCCAUUUGCUAUGGGGCCGCAGGGAAUCUCAUGCCCAACUUCCUGGCUGUUAACUAUUACUUGGUGUGAACAAACCCCCGCUCUCUCUCUCUCUCCCUUUCUCUCUCUACACUGUUCAUUUCGAUGUGAAAGUCUAACCAUAGGGGCGUAUCUUCAGAGAAGUGAUGGAGGGGGGGUUUUUGACGUGGUGGACAGAAUAAAUGGGCAGGCUUUGUGUGGAUGCAGUACAGUCGCCGCCUGCCAGGUCUCUAAAAAUAUACUUUUUCUAGUCAUAUUAUCAUUAAUUUCUUGGCGCAUUUUUCAUAUUAUCAUGAUCCAUCAAUUAUGGUUUUUAAUUUAUUAUUUUGAUUUAUUUUGUUAACGUGGGUUUUUUUUUUCCUUUAGGAUGGAUCCCCCGCUGGAGUCUGCAAGAAUGUUGGAACACCUGGCAAUACGCUGCAAAGUUCCAACGGGAGCUUCAUUGUAUAUGUGAAGAAAUCGGAGUCAACUGCCGCCAGGUUCUUCAGGGUCAACCUGCUGUUCUGCCUUCUUCUGGUGCUGUUGUUGGCCCCAUCGUAG